UCCACCCAAGCAGCAGUCUGCAACCAGACUACGUACCAUCGCACCACACUACUGUUGUAGCGCACCGUCUCGCUUACACAGCACAGACCGUGGCUACCCAUCACGGAGGUCGAGAUGAACCCCAGCGAAGCAGCGAGAUCAUCCACAAGCAAGCAAGCAGGAAACCCAUUGGCACCGGCGGUGUACACAGACUACAGCAAAGACGAGGACGCCCGCAUCAACGAGUUGGUGCAGGUGAGGGUACAACAACGACUGGCCGACAUAAGGCGGCAACAAGACGAGGAGGAGCAGAGGACAGAGAACGUCCGGACCGGAAGCGGGCACGAGGCACGCCACCAGCAACAAGCGGGGCGGCCAUCGGCGAACCCGGCCGUAGAUGACAUCGCCCGCACUCUCGCCGACGCUCUGACCAGCCGCCUUCAGAUAUCACCCGCAGACACGGGCAAGGGGAAGAUGAGCGGGGAAGUGGUAUUGAGUGACCACAGAAUUCCAGUCGGGCUCGAAGGAAUAGACACGGAGGACUUGCGUAGGAUGCACUCGCCUGAUAGCGUAGAGAAGGCAAUUACGGCGUGGAACCUGCUGAUUACGUCUGCAACAUACAUGCCUAUCCUCACUCAGAUCAUCGCUGAUGGUAGUCCAAGUGGAGGAGCUGGGGGGCCGGGGGGCCUGCACAUGUUCGCAGCAAUGUUCGCCACCCGCGAGGAUGUGGAAGCCACUCUUCGUGCCAAGCGCCCUCCUGACAAGCCACCGGACCUUCCUCACUGCCUCGCCAGCGACCUCCGAGUGCCGAACACGUUCAAGGAGGCCAUGCGGUCUCAACAUUCAGAGUUGUGGGAUGAUGCAGUCGGUCGUGAGUUUUUCGGUCUGCUGGAUGCAGACGAGUACGGAUGGCCGACGAAAUUCAAGGCACGACUUGUAGCGCGAGGGGACAUGCAGAGGGCUUCGAUUGAUUUUGGAGAAUUGUUUGCACCCACCGUAUCCGUGUCUAGUGUGCGUUUGUUGGCAGCAUUGGCAUGUGAGCAGAACCUUGACUUGUGCCAUUUCGAUAUUCAGCAAGCAAUUGUGCAGUCUGAGCUUGAAGAGGAUGUUUUCAUGCGUCUCCCGCAAGGUUGUGGUAGGUUAUCUGGACUGAUCGUGAAACUAUGCAAGAGUUUGUACGGUUUGAAGCAGGCAUCACGACAAAGGCAUGCGCACCUGACGAGGUGUUUGUUACUUUUAGGAUUUGUGCAAUGUUUGGCGGAUGCAUGUGUUUUUCGAUUGAUGGAGGAUGGAUGUGUGAUCAUGAUCAUUGUGGUCCA